CAUAUCCAUCCAAACCAUACCGAAGAGAAAAUUAAUCGAAGACGACCUAAAAAUGAAGAAAGAAGAGACGGUGAAGUUGAUAAGCGCAGAAGGAUUCGAAUUCGUAAUCGAUAAGAAUGCCGCCAUGGUCUCUCAAACUAUUCGUAAUAUGCUCACUUCCCCUGGUGGUUUUGCUGAAACUGAACAUAGAGAAGUUACCUUUCCAGAAAUAAGCACAACUAUUUUGGAGAAAAUUUGUCAGUACUUUUAUUGGUCUCUUCAAUAUGCCAGUGGGAAGGAGACUGAAUUCCACAUUGAACCUGAGCUGACACUGGAACUGAUGAUGGCUGCAAAUUAUCUGCAUACUUGACGCAUCUCUUCAUAAGCAGCAUCUUGAUCAGGGAUGCUCGAGGACUUUUCUUGGUCAUUGUGAAGAUCAAAGUGCUGUUGGAGCUGUGCAUAUGUAAUAUUUAUCAAUUCAUCUAAGCAGUGUUAGGAAAUGAGUCCAUAAACAUAGAAAACUGUAUGUUUUCUUAUAUGUUUACUUUUUAUUUGGCUUGUGAAUAUUGAAUAAUUUAAUAAAGUAGUAGUAGUAUAUUUUGUGGCUA